AUGAAUUAGCAAGAAUUUAUUUGCGAUGCUUGCGAUAAAGCCUUUAAAUAAAAGCGGGCUUUAUAAGAACAUUAAUUAAUCCAUUCAGGGGAAAAGCCCUAUAAAUGUGUGACUUGUAAUUAAUAGUUUAGAUAAUAUUCCUCCUUAUAAAAGCAUGAUCGUAUUCACACUGGAGAAAAACCAUAUAACUGUUCAGAGUGCAAUUAAACAUUCUCCCAAAUUUCAAAUCUAAAAAGACACUAAUUCAAGCACAAAGGACAGAAGCCUUUCACUUGUGACGUUUGUUAAAAACAAUUCAUAACUAACUAAAAUUAUUAAUAACAUCAAAAUAAGCAUAAAAUAUAACGAUAGAGUUUUGUGUGUGAAUGCAAUAGAACUUUUCUUUAUAAGAGUAGUUUAAAAAAACAUUAGAAAAUUCAUAAAAAAAUAGAAAAUACAGAUUCAUUCAUCAAUCUCUAAGAAAUCAAUUAAAUUUCAGCAGAUUUAAGAAUAUUUUUUACAGCUUCACAUCCUUAAAUUUUUCAUUCUAAUCACAUUGAUAUAUUAUUUAAUGGACGAUUAUAUAAUUAUAAUGAAUAAACUGGCAGGAUUGAGUUGCACGAUUUGAUAGAUUAAUAAUAAUAAUAAAAUUGUGCGCCAAUAAAAGAUCAUCAGCAUUUUGAUUCCUAAAAAUAAUAUGAUUUGAUAAAAUGUAUAGAUUGUAAAUAAGAACAAUGUUGUUGUAAAUCAAAAUAGCUUGUUAAUAAUUGUUGUUUGGCUUGCAAUGGUGGAAAUUGUGGAGAAACUCCAUUUGCUAUAUCUAAAGUAUUACAUUUUCAUGGUCCAAAUUGCGGUCAUCCAAUUGUCAUCCAUAAUGGUCAUAUUGAUUAUUUAGUAAAUGAAAUGUUACACUUCCCUCAUGAUGGCCAUUGUGAUAAUCACGGCGUUUUGAAUAGAAUUAAAGUGUAGUGA